AGGACGGAGAGCCCGGAGGACAAAUCCCCCCGUGAGACCCUGGUGGGAGAGGCUGUUUUGAAGGGCUCCCCGGCGCAGGAAGGCAGCGGGGAGGAAAAGGGCCGGAGAUCCCCCCGCAGGAGGGUCUCCAAAGCCAUCCCAGGGUGCUCUGAGGAGGAAAGAGCCAGACUGUGCCGGGAAGGCGGCUGGAGCUUGAGCUGGAGCUCCAACCUGGUGGUCCCUGAUCAGGCUCCCAGCAGGGAGAAGCCCUUCAGGUGCUUGGAAUGUGGGAAGAGCUUCAAGAACAGCUCCAUCCUCAUCCGACACCAGCAGAUCCACACUGGGGCACGUCCCUACUCAUGUGGGGAAUGUGGGAAGAGCUUCAACCAGAGCUCCCACCUGAUCAAACACCAGCGCGUCCACACUGGGGAACAGCCCUACAUGUGUAAUGAUUGUGGGAAGAGCUUCAGUGACAGCUCCACCCUGAUCCGACACCAGCACAUCCACACCGGGGAACAGCCCUACACGUGUGGGGAAUGUGGGAAGAGCUUCAGGAACAGCUCCAGCCUCCGCACCCACCAGCUCAUCCACACUGGGGAGCGACCCUACAAGUGCUUGGAAUGUGGGAAGAGGUUUCACACCAGCUCACAUCUCCUCAGGCAUGAGCGGACACACACGGAUGAGAGGCCCUUCUGCUGCACCGACUGCGGGAAGGGCUUCAAGCACAACUACCACCUCAUCACCCACCAGCGCAUCCACACCGGGGAGAGGCCCUACAAGUGUGGGGAGUGUGGGAAGAGCUUCCCCCACAGCUCUACCUUGACCAAACACCAACGGACUCACCGGUAAGGGAAGCCCUGUGAGUGCCCCGACUGCAGGAAGAGCUUCAGUCGCUGCUUCCACCCCGAAUGAAGCCCCUGAUGGUGAGGAAGCCCCUGGAGUCCAGUGACUGUCAGUCCAACCCUUUUACCAGAAAGGACCAGUCCCCUUUCCCAGGGGCAGCUUCUUCCAACAGAACCCUUCCUGGGGGGUGUGUGGAGAUUCCUGCCUUGGCUGGGGACCCCCCAAGGACAGUCCUGGAGAUUGAGAGCAGAGAUCUCCCCAUGAGUGUUGGUCUGGGGGAGUUCCAUCCUUCUCUAAUUAAGAAUUAUUGCUUUUGUGCCAACUUGAGUAGAAUUGCUUCAGGGAUUGCUUU